AUGGUAAAUCAACCUCACGGUAAACAAAACCUUCCAUCUUCGAACGUUCAAAUUCAUUACAAUCAAACGUUGACAAACAAUACGGAUUAUUCGACGACAAUAACAUUCGAAAUUGAUUUCGUCAAUAAUACGACAUCCACGAGCAUAAUUAACAAACCAGUUGGUGACCUACCACAUUGCGGCUGUUAUUGCGGUACCGGAGGACGUAAACAUCGGAUAGUGGGUGGUAAUGUAACUAAAAUAAGCGAAUACCCGUGGAUCGCUGCCAUGUUUAGAAAAGGAAAGUUUUACUGUGGUGGGGCUUUGAUAACGAGAAGACACGUUCUCACAGCCGCCCAUUGUAUUUACGGAUUUAACCCGCAAGAUUUGAAAGUCGUUCUCGGUGAGCACGACAGAGACGUUCUCACCGAAACGGAUACGGUCGAAAGAAAAAUAAAAGUGGCAAAACAUCAUCCGAAAUUUGAUUUAUUCAGUUUUAAUAACGACAUUGGCGUCAUCGAAUUGGAUGCACCCGUACAACUCGGCGACCACAUUCGAACUGCUUGCCUACCAGAAAACGCUAAUUUCAAUUACACUAGCAUAUUUGGAAUCAUAGCCGGGUGGGGAAGAAUCGAAGAAACGAAACCGACAUCGAGUAAACUUCGUCAGGUAAAGGUACCCAUUUUAUCGAACGAAGCUUGUCGAAAAUUAGGAUACAUGAAAAACAGAAUCACGGAUAACAUGCUUUGUGCGGGUUACGAAAAAGGUGCGAAAGAUGCUUGCCAAGGUGAUAGCGGCGGUCCGAUGGUUAUCGAAACUAAAAAGGGAAACUUUGAAGUGGCUGGUAUCGUUUCUUGGGGACGCGGUUGCGCUAGACCCAAUUAUCCGGGAGUGUAUACGAGAGUCGUUAAUUACAAAACCUGGAUUGACGAAAUCAUCGGUCACGAAUGCUACUGUCAAAAAUCUUAA